AUGCCAGUAACACCAGCGCAAAAGGCCGCUAUUGAAGAGGUUAUUAGCGCCAUUCUGGCUGCACAGGCACCCCGUGGAAGACGUCAGCUAGCUGCAAUGUUUAUGGACUUAGUUGAUCGAGGGUCAUGGCCGCAGUACUACGAGGUUAUACCUGAGCCCAGGUGCUUGAAGAAUAUCCAAUCAGGCGUGGCGAAAGGAAGAUACAAGGAAGCGACAGAUGUAUACACCGAUCUCUCGCUUGUUUUCUGGAACGCGUUAUUCUACAAUGAGUCCGACAGCCAGAUUGCAUUGGACGCGCAGACACUAAAAGAUAUCUUGGAGGCAGAAUGGAAGAAACGCACAGUGCUUCCAACUACACGUUCUUCUCCCCCACCUUCCUCCGCACAAAAGGUACAUGGGGUAGCAGAAGAUACCACCGCAGGAGCAAAGGAAGUGAAGCCAUCAUCGACAGGGGCCAAGGAAGUGAAAACAUCGACACCGGCAGCACCGACACCGGCUCCUUCAACGCCGGCGCCCCCAACACCAGCUCCAUUACCUGUUGCUGCCACAGCAGCACGCACAACAACACCAGCCUCUCAGACCCAACCUCAGCCGACAGCCAGUGCGAGUACUUCCAAUUAUGCCUACUCAAAACCCGUGCCCAUUCGCCCCAAAUCUACGCAACGUCAGACGCCUGAAAUCGAAGUGGACGUCGUGUCGCCAGAAUCUGAUGAAGCAGAAUCUGAUGGUGCUGCAUUACAGGCGGAACGGGACCCGCAAAGUGAAGAGAUUGUGAAGCAGUUGGAGAAAGGUCUGCCGAGAUGGCCUGGUUUUGGAGAGGAGGGUUGGAUGACUGAUACUAAACCUGUGCGUCAUUGUUAUACCAUCAUCGAUAUGACUUUGUUCUCAAUGGAUAAUAAAGGAACUGGGAAUCGCCUUGCUGUCUGUCUCGAAUCGGUGCCCGAAGAAUCAUCUCCAACGUUGCACCUCGCAUCUACUUCCCCAAUUUCUCUGAAGCAGAUAGAAACUCGAACAAGACACAAACUUUACAAAAGCGCCAAAGAUUUUGACCACGAUAUGGCACGGCUUUUCGAGAAAGCGCGGCGAUGGCAUGACCCUGGCACAGAAGCAUACGGUCGAACUCUUCUUCUCCAGCGUCUGUAUCAAGCACUGACAUCUCCCAAUCCUCCUGCUGCGCCAUAUGUAUCAAAUACAAACUUUGCGGCGCUUCGAGCUGGCCCAGGAAACGUCAGACCUGUCCAUGGGUCAGAUGGCGAGGGCAUCCCGAACGUCACGACUCAUCGCGUUCUCUCACGAGAUCGAACAUUCGUUGACGAGCUGAAUUACAAGGGAUGGAAGAUCAAAUUGGCCGAUUGGGUGCAUUUGAGCAACCCCGAUGAUCCCAGUCGGCCAAUUAUUGGGCAGGUCUUCAGGUGCUGGGUGUCGGAUAACUUUGGCAAACCAGGGCCCCCAGGUAUCACUGUCUCAUGGUACUAUAGACCCGAGCAGACGUUCCAUCCGUCAAACAGAAUGUUUUGGGAGGGAGAGGUAUUCAAAACAAGUCACUUUGCGGACCAUCCUCUGGAAGAUAUCAUCGAAAAAAUUGCGUGUCAAUUCACCGCACGACAUAUCAGAGGACGGCCUCGACCGCCCUUCUGGUAUGUCGGCUUCCCCUUGUAUGUGUGUGAUUCGCGGUACAACGACCGUGACCGCGUCUUUGUGAGGAUCAAGAACUGGAACUCGUGUGUUCCUGAAGAGGUCAGACAGAGCACCGAAUUUAUGCCGAUCUACCCAUUCGAGAGAACUGUUUAUCCCGUGCGCCAUCCGAGCCCGUUCAUUUCGAAAGGUGCUGGUGGGAAAGGCGUACCGAAAGGCCCUGGGGGGCUUUUAGAGCCAUCGCCUGACCUUGUGGAUGGGAUGGAGGAGGGGGCCUAUGGUAAGAAAAAGUCACGAACCGAUAGCGCGCGAGUUGCUGCAAGCGUGACUGGUGGCGUUGCAUAUCCAUCAACAUAUCAAAACAUACAGCUUCCGUAUGUUCAGCAACAGCAGUAUCAACAGCAGCAGCAAUUCAGCCAGCGGAUAGGUCCUGACAGGUCGGUAGUUACAGCAGCGGGGGGAUUGGCUUCGAUAGGCGGUCCCACACAGGUAGAGAAACUUCCACCAGAUACAGAAGACUUUCAGCUCUUCUGGCGUGCGGAGCAGUAUUUUGAGCUGAUGAUCAUGUCUUUCCAUGCAUUCACCCUUUCUAUGUCUGCUCCUGUCAAUACUGCGCGUGAACUGGACCUGUACCGCCAUAUAUGUUGUCUUUCGCCGAACACAACAGCCAAAUUGGUCGACCGUGACCCAGAAACGAAUGAAGUCCUAUGGUUCGCGGCACCGCCCUUGAAUAUGGCGCGCGCCAAAGGGCCUCGGCAUAGCCUUGCGUAUCUCGAAUUUUUAGCCGCCAAACGCAAGAAAAGGCAUACAGCUGGCGAGAGCGACGACAAAAUGGAUUGUGAAGAAGAUUCAAGCCAAGCUGCGAAACGCGCGCGUACCUACGUCGCACCCACUGUGAUGGAGACGAUGCAAGCCGUCUGGAAGGAAAUGGCUCUUGAUGCGCAUUUGCAACGCCGCGCGCGCUUUGAUUGGCAAGCCACCUCCAUGAUGACGGCAAGCAAAAAGAUCUAA